GUAGCUGUAACCCACAUGGCUUCACUGCCUUUGGGGCCUCAGCCUCCACAGCUUCACCCACCACCACUACCACCACCGCAACCGCAACCGCAACCACACUCUCACUUGGACAACGACCCUAUGAAAGUACGACGUUCCGAUUUGGACUCCGACAAGGAAAUGUCAGCUGCAGUUAUUGAGAGCAAUGAUGCAGUCACUGGUCACAUUAUAUCUACCACAAUAGGAGGCAAAAAUGGCGAACCCAAACGGACCAUUAGCUACAUGGCAGAGCGUGUUGUUGGCACUGGAUCCUUUGGUAUUGUUUUCCAGGCAAAAUGCUUGGAGACUGGAGAGACAGUGGCUAUAAAGAAGGUUUUGCAGGACAGGCGGUAUAAAAAUCGUGAGCUGCAGUUAAUGCGCUUGAUGGAUCACCCGAAUGUGGUUUCUCUGAAGCAUUGUUUCUUCUCCACAACAAGUAAAGAUGAACUGUUUCUGAAUUUGGUCAUGGAGUAUGUCCCUGAGACUAUGUACCGGGUUCUGAAGCAUUAUAGUCAGAGGAUGCCCCUCAUCUAUGUGAAACUUUAUACAUAUCAAAUUUUUAGGGGGCUGGCAUAUAUCCAUACUGUUCCUGGGGUUUGCCACAGGGAUGUGAAGCCACAAAAUCUUUUGGUUGAUCCACUCACCCACCAGGUUAAACUUUGUGAUUUUGGAAGUGCAAAAGUUUUGGUCAAGGGAGAAGCUAAUAUAUCAUAUAUAUGCUCUCGAUAUUAUCGAGCCCCAGAGCUCAUAUUUGGUGCAACCGAAUAUACAACAUCAAUUGAUAUUUGGUCUGCUGGUUGUGUCCUUGCUGAGCUUCUACUAAGCCAGCCCUUAUUUCCAGGGGAAAAUGCAGUGGACCAACUUGUGGAGAUUAUCAAGGUUCUUGGUACUCCAACUCGAGAAGAAAUUAGAUGCAUGAAUCCAAAUUAUACAGAUUUUAGGUUUCCUCAGAUUAAAGCCCACCCUUGGCACAAGGUUUUCCACAAACGAAUGCCUCCUGAAGCAAUUGACCUUGCUUCACGGCUGCUUCAGUAUUCACCAAGUCUUCGAUGUACUGCGCUUGAGGCAUGUGCACAUCCUUUCUUUGAUGAGCUUCGUGAACCCAAUGCCCGCCUUCCAAAUGGUCGUCCUUUACCUCCUCUUUUCAACUUUAAACAGGAAUUAUCCGGAGCUUCACCUGAACUGAUCAAUAGGCUGAUACCGGAGCAUGUGAGACGGCAAAUGGGUCUCAGCUUCCCUCAUCCAGCUGGAACGUAAAUAUAAUGACAUAAAACAAGGAUGGCGUCAUCAGUUAGUGGAUGGAAGUAAAGUAAUGGAGGGAGUUAUUUGUAGUCAAUAUAUAAUCUCAAGCAUUCUGGCGUAAUCAGUGGAUUUUCUCACGCCCUGCAAAGAUGUAUGCAUAUAGUGGCUUUUUGGCUUAACCCUGGAAGUUGGUGGUUCUGUCAACUAUGUCUCGUUCUAGCUAAAACAUGCUGUUUCCCUACUUCUGUACAUUGUUUUGAUAGUAAAGAUCGACCUGAGAAAGCUAGGAGUAUAAAAAGGUGACUCACUCUAUUCAUGUCUAGCUAGGUAGGCGCUCCAAAUGCCCAGCAGGAGCUCAAGGGCUCAUUAGUAGUUUGGCUUGCUUUUUCACUUGAACUUUGUGUUUAUUUCUCCUUAUGUUCAUGCUGUCUUUGAAUGGAAACUAGAUUUCAUCAUCCAA